UCUUUUCAAUUCAUAUAACACUCAAUCUGAAAGUUUUAUUUUAAGAAAUUAUACCCAAGAAAUUAUUUUUAGGAGUUCACUAAUUCAUUUUUCAAAUGUAAAUUACUUUUCUUUAAUUCCACCAGUUGCCAAAACCUUUUAAUGCCAAAUUAUUUGUAAGUGUUCAAGUUGCAAACCUAUAUUCUGACAAUGCCGAUAGACAAGCUUCGUGGAACGCCGGUGGACAAGAUCCUCAGUUUCCGGCGGAAUCCCGAUCCGCAGCAGCAACAACAACAGCAGACGGAUGAGAUGGAGGACAUUCCCAGGUUUUUGCCACCCCAACUUCUUACUGAAGAGGCUACUGCCAAGGACACAAGUCGCAGGAUGCCGGAUAGCGAUUCGAUAAACUCGGAGGACGCUGUUAGGCUUCCACCUCCGCGGAGAUCUCCAGUCUCUAUGAGGAAUCUGCAGCGGGAACUCUACUCGCCCAAUCAAUGUAUGAAUGUCCUUAAAGCAAUUGUGGCCGUGGUAACCAUUUGCGUGCUGUUCGCCACCAUUCCCUUGUACCGUCGGCUAAGGAUUGAGAAGGAAACCAGACUCAGGAUGAUCCUGCUGUGGAACGAGCAAUUAAUGACUGGUGGAACGGCGCACAUGGAGUGUGGUUGUUUGGUCACCACUCGCAGGAACCACAACGACAAACCCUUUGAUGCAGUGGUCUUCAAUGCAGAUCAGCCCUACUCCUUUGCGGGUUUGGAUAGCAUCAAACAUACUCCGGAUUACUAUGUGGUAUAUUCUGCCAAGAAGCCACUGAGUUUUACGCAGAAUCCAAUGCCUGGUUUAAUGCUGCCACCUUUCAAUUUAACCAUGACCUAUCGCCUGGACUCGCAACUGGUCUGGACGGAUUACUACUUCUCUCAUCCCAAUCUGGCCAGGCGGUUAAAUAGUUUCCGUAAUCCCAGCCAGAAUUUCGGCGAUGAUUUGCCAGGCUCUAUUAACGAACGUCUGGAAUCCGAAAUAAGUAAGAAGACACGACUGGCCGUGUACUUGUGGUUCGAUGUGGAUCAGAAUACUCUUUCGGAGAGUCUGUAUUUGGAGGAGCUGCGAAAAUAUGCGGAUCUCGAUGCCCAUGAUAGUUGUUUGGGCCCUGAUGACUGCAGUCACUACCAUUUCAUGCUGAUUUUUGAAACAAGUGCCUGUCCGGAUUACGUGCCUUCGCAGAUGCUCAUGGCCAUGGAUAAACUUAUAGUACCCGUCCUGAUCGGAGGAGGAAAUCUAACCAAUCUAGUACCACCUCAUUCCUACAUCAGCGGACUAGACUUUUCCACCCCAAAGGAUCUAAUCGAUCACCUAAUAGAGCUGACGGAUAAUCGGGAGGAAUACAGACGCUAUUUUUGGUGGCACUCCAUCUACAAACUGCGCCAAGCCAUCCAGCCUUACUGCGCCCUCUGCUCCCUCAUCCAAAAAGCACCCGAGGAGCGCCAGAUUCGCCAGGGAUCCUCCAAGCUGGCCUUCAUCAACUGGUGGACCGAAUACCAGUGCCCCAAUCGAUCCACCACCUUCCUCUGAGUCCCUGAGCCCCCACCAAUUAUAAUUACCAACGAUCGCAAAUUGCCCUCGUUCGGUGUGGUUCCGUUUA